GCAGCCAUUUCAUAUUCUCCCCUUAAAAACCGAAGAAGGUGGACGAAAAGCGAGAAAACGUAAUGGCGGAGCAGCAGCUGAGGCUAGACCUGGAGGAGUUGAGACACCUUGAGAGCCUUGCCAAGCGUCCCCGUGUUCUCUCACUUCUGUCCUCGGAGAUCCAAAGCCUCGACUCCAAGUUAGCGGCGAUAAGCGGUGCGGCAGCGAAGCCAGUGGUAUCCACUGAUCAGUCAAAGGUUUCAGCGACUGCAGCUGCUUUAAAUUAUGUGACGCUUGGGUCUUUCAGUUGGGAUCAAGAUAACGAGAGGAUUAAGAUAUAUGUGUUCCUCGAGGGUGUCAGUGAAGAAAAGGUUGAAAGUAACUUUCGAGAAAUGGCGUUGGAUGUAAAAUUUCAUGAUGUCCAAGGAAAGAAUUACCGCAUUGCUAUUCCGAAGCUGAAUAAGGAGAUUGUGCCUGAGAAAUCUAAGGUGUUGGUCAAACCAACAAAAGUUAUCAUCUCGCUUCUCAAAGCUUCAAAAGGAAAUUGGUUGGACCUCCAUUUCAAGGAAGAUAAGUUCAAGCCAAGCGCGGACAAGAGCAAGGAUCCCAUGGCUGGAAUCAUGGACUUGAUGAAGAAUAUGUAUGAUGAUGGUGAUGACGACAUGAAGCGAACAAUAGCCAAGGCUUGGACAGAUGCAAGAUCUGGAAAGACUGCAGAUCCCCUAAAAGGUUAUGGCCCUUGAAUGCCGCUUAUUAUAAAGAUAUGAAAAAGAGGAAAAGAAAAAUGAUCUGAUGGUGAAUUUGCUUUCUGUUUAGUAGCUGUGCCUCAUUUUGUGUACUUAUUUAUGUAUUGGUUGCCGAGAGCUAGAACAAUUUACUACUUGUUACCUCUCAGGCAAGUUUGCAAAUGAAUAAACUUCAUGCAUCAAUAUCUUGACGUUGGUUUGUAUGUUUUUUUUUUCUUAUUAAUAUUUAAUUAAUGCUUUGAUUCUUAA